GAGAUGAUGUCUUCUUCACCUGUUGACGAGCAAGAAGCGUGCUCUCAGGCGCCCUGCCCACUCCAUUUCGCCCUGCCUGCCACCUCCCUCCCUCAUUCUUCUAACUUCAUCUUGCAAUCAUUGCGGUUGAGAGCACGUCAUUUUCCGCAUUCCUUGCCGUUCAACAUGUUCAGUGCCCUCUCUCUCUGGUUGGGGCACCCUGCUCCUCGAGCAGGACUUGCUGCCUGCAAGCAAAGGGGAGACGUGCGCUGUUGCAUCGUGAACAAGCUGCCCAACCCCAUUGAACUUUGAAAAUGACGCGAGACCAUCGCGCCAUCACGUCAUCGCUGAGCUCUUGUCGUGUGCUCGGUGUGCUACCGUCACACCCGUACAAUGCAUCUUGAUUGUUCUCUGCCCCAGUCCCCAAAACAAGCAAACACAACACUGCUAGUGCGUGUGUGCGCGCCACGUUGGUGGGUGAAUGGUACCACGCGAGAGUGCUAGAGUGCUGUGCGUGAGCUCUACACCCUUUUUUGUUUGUUGUGCAUGCGUGUACGUGUGUGUGUGUGCGUGCGCGUGGUCAUUUUCCUUUCCUUCGUCUUCCCCAGCUGAGCGUCUCCCCUCGUGCGCGACUUGUUCACUGACCUUGUGUUAUCGCCCUCCUGAUUAGCUGCACACCGGUUCGUCCCCUUCCACUCGCCUCUGGCACAGGCUCGCCCGUCUUCAACAAUCUCCCGCCCGCUCCCAGCACUCACUAACUCACAGCACCCGACCACGUCCACCAUGGAUUCAUUGUGGCCAACCAGCAGCGAUUUCGCUUCUUGUGAGCCAAUGGCAAAUCCCAUGAGCAUGGACGCUGCGUUCCACCAGAUGCAAGACCCGCACUUCACAGAAGACCAACAUCACAAUCCUCUUUUGGGCUUGGACACCUUCCACGACAUUUUCUGUGAGGAUGCCUUCGACCUGUCCAGCCCUUUCCUCGACUUGGCAUGCACUAAGUACCCGUCUCCUCUCCAAGACCAGCUCGACGAGCGCCGGCGCGAGUCUACCUCUUCCUUGUCGUCGUCGUCGUCAUCAUCAUCAUCCUCUUCUGCUUCCACCACACCCAGCUUGGGCGACGGCCCCACGCUUGGUGACGGCCCUCUGGAUGACAUGGACGUGUUGCAAGAGCUUGGCCUGCUCCCGACGCCUUUCCCACGGCCGCGUGCCAUCUCAAGCCCCAUCGUGCACGCCAGCGCCGCUCUCGACCACCUCCUUGCUGCUGGGCCCGACAACGAGGGCGAUGGCUCCCACUGGCUCACAGCCACCUUGGAGAAGAUUGCGCAGCAGGGCGCGUGCAAACCAACCCGGACGCUCGCCAAGCCCCUGCCCCACCUGCGAUGCGACGAAACCCUGCCGCCACCGCUGCUGGUGCCGCGACCUGCGCAAGUCCUGCGACCUGCGCAAGUCCCGCGCCGCCAACAACAGCAGAGGCUGGGGCCCAUCUCCACCGCCACGACGCCAACACCACCCCUGCCAUCUACUUCACCAAACUCAAGCACGCAGCCCUCGACGGUUUUUCCCACCCACGCAGCCCCUGCGGCAACAGCACCAGCAAUGGCAGCGGCCGUGAGUCCACCACGGCUUUCGUCAUCGUCAUCAUCGUCGUCGUCGUUGUCUGCUUCCUUCUCAACGUCCUCAGUGACUGCAUGUGCGAGCGAGCGAACCAGAUGGGGGACACACGCGGCCAACGACGUGGUUACAGCUGCCCCGCCGUGCGAGGAUGGCCAGCAGGGCAGGGCCCAGCGGGAAGAGGCGCUUAUGCGCUACCACCGCUUGAGGCAGGAGGUGUUGGCGCAGCUAUGCAACCGCCCGCGCAACGUUGCAAACGUCAUCAUCACAAGCAACGUGCCACCGCUCUUGUCGCAGCAGCAGCGAGCGAAGCUGCGACUGUGCUCUGCAGCCGGCACCACCUCCACAACGGGCGGGCCUUCUGCGCCUGCGCUUGCAUUGGGCCAGCCACACCACCAGCAUCGUGGUGCUGGUGCAUUCGGGGGCAACGGCAACAGGAGGCGACGACGCAGUUCCGCUGCACAGGGCAGCAGCCGGACGAGGAGGGGGAGGAGGGGAAGGAGCCGCACCAGCAGGGGUGAUGACGAGGAUGCUGAGGGUGAUGGCGAGGAGGAAGAUGCUGCGGCGUUUCCGUUUCCCGGGCGGGCCAGCAGCGGGCGCAGUCAGCGCGGCAGGCAGUACAAACUCGCUCGUCGCUUCCUGCCCUGAUCCCUUGAUCCUGAUGUGUGCUGUGAGAGGGGAGGGUGCGUUUGUGUACUGGU